AGCAUUUCGGCUGCAAUGAGAACCUUUCGCUGAAGGAGCGAUGCGCGUGAUGCGCGUAGGGUUUCUCUUGGCCCUCGGCAUCACAGUGCAGGCCAAAGAGCACAACCACUCGCAUGCAAAGCAGCAUGCUAAGAAGUUGUCGAUCCAGGAGCAGGUGGACAUGGCCUGCCACUCUGCUCGGACGGGCAACUUGGAGCAGCUCCAAAGCGUAGAGCUCUUGGGCUCACCGCACGCGUGGAAGGCCACGGUGAAUGCGCAGCAGUGCGUGGAGAAGUGGACGGCGGGAACCCUGCUGCACGAAGCAGCGACAGCAGGUCGAUUGGAGUUCGCUCAACGACUGGUGCAGAAUGGUGCCAGCAUCUCUGUGAAGGAUACAGAUGGAUGGACACCCUUUGCCCGCGCGGUGAUGGAAGGCCACUUGACCUUGGCGGUGUGGCUCAUGGAGCAAGGCGCGAUGGACCUGGCGAACUAUGAGGGCGAGACCGUUCUCAUUUGGGCCAGCAAGGAAGGCCGCCUCGAGCUGUGCCGUUGGCUCUGCGGGCGCGGCAGCGCGGCCAACGCGGUGGAUGCUUACGGAAACACGGCCCUGCUGUGGGCGAUCCGGGAAGGCCACGUGGACGUGGUGCGAUGGCUUCUCACGCGCGACGUGGAUCUCGAAGCCGUGGAUCCGGACGGCUGCACCGCCCUGGCCUGGGCGGCCAAGCGAGGACGAACUGAGAUGGCAGAGGCUUUGUUGGAGCAUGGGGCUUGGGUGAAUUCCAAGGACAAGCACGGGUACACCCCCCUGGUGUGGGCUGCGAAGACAGGAGACAUGAUCACGGUGAAGCUGUUGAUUGAAAAGGGUGCCGACUUGUUGGGCGCGACGUCCAACGGCACACCCUAUUUCAAGGUCUCCAACUACGCCAACAUCAACGAAUACAUCUUCCUGAAUCGUUUCUUCGCCAUGGCCGUGCCCGCCCUGCUGAUCGUCGCCUUGGCCUCACUGGUGGGUCUGGGCGCCGCCCUCGCGCAGCAGCAGCUCCUGGCCCUCGGAGCCCACACGCAGCAGCUCCUCCACCGUCCGCCGCCCACGCCGCGGACGCCGCGCAGCGCACCGAGCGGACUGUCGGAGCGGCGCGACGGGCUGGACCCCGUGGUGGACUUCUCCCACGGCGCCGCGCUGCGGGACGCCCGGGACGAGAAGAACCGCUUCCUGCUCUACUGGGGAUAUGUGGGACAUGCCACGGAAGUGGAAGUCAUGGCGAUUCUGAUCUUCGGCUUUGGAAUGGGCGUCGUUUGGUGGGUUUAUUGGUUGCCCUUGCACCUCUUCCUCUAUGGCGCUCUCAGUCUGCAGCGCUGGCGCAUCACGCAGCUCUGGUGCUCGCCCUCGCUGCUGCUGACCACCGAGCCACGCUUCCGAGCGCUGAUGGCCUCGCGGAGCCUCUUCCUGUUGGCCGUGGUGCUUUGGUCGGCGAGGCCGGAGCACUGCGGAGAGCCGACGCUUUUGACCUGGGCGAGGUAUCUCUGCGCAGCGCCCACGUGGUCCUUGCCGUUGGCGGAUCCUGACUGGGCUCAGCUGCUGGUGAAGCAAACCAUGGUUUGGGACCGCGAAGCGGCCUCAGACAUCACAGGAAUGUACUUCCUGAUGCUUUUCUUGGGCCUGCUUUUCUACGUGCCAUACAACAUCUUCAUGAUCCUCCGAGGGGAACAGGGCUCCGUCUUCCACAAGUUUCAGCCGAUGAGACUGGACAGCGCCAGCGAAGAAUUCAAGCGGAAGCUGUGGAUGGAAGUGGCACUUCUUUUGCUUGAUGUGCUUUUGCAAUUCAAUACCGUUUGCAUCCUUCUUUGGACCAAUCUGCCGAAAUUGGCCUUCUUGUUGACCUGUGUCAUCAGCAGGUCGCUGUCGCUGCAGAUGCUCUCCGGCAACCUCAGCACCGUCUCAGCGGCCCUUCAGGACUCGUUGCGUUACGGCAUGCUGCGGAAGGAUUUGAUGGAGGUUUUUGCAGAAGCGCGGGGCUCUCUGGCGUUCCUCUCUUUGUGUCUCACCUCGUAUUCUUAUUGGUAUGGCGUUCAGAACACCUACCAAGCCAAUACGCUCUUAAUGAGCCUUAUUCUGAGUACACAUCAUGUGGCAAACUUCCUCCAUGAACGUGUCGACUUAGAUUUAGAUCUGGAGCUGCCCAUUGAGCGGGCAGUGAGCCAACAAAGCAUACUCAAGAUCUAAAAGAUCGAGUUGUGCAUUGGACACCUGGCCAAAUACUUGGAACAAUAGUCUGAUACAUAGUCUGAUUCAAAGAGUCCUCUAGUCAAAUCCACUUUUCCCGAAUUCGAUGUGCAGAUUCAAAAGGUCGGGAGCGGGUGCGGCGCGAGUGAUCAUGUGACACACAAGAGUCACAAGAGCCCCUAUAGUAACAGUAGCGAUGCCGCUCCUAGUAGAAAUGCCCUUUGCUCCUAGUAGCGUCCUUGCUCCUAGUAGCGAGGCCAGGAGCCCUAAAGUAGCUUCUUGUUUCCCCGUAGUAUGGCCAGGAGCCCCUAGUAGCAUCCUUGCCCCUAGUA